UGUAACAAAAGAGUUUAACGAUUUACAUUCAGUACGAGCCCGACCCAUUUAGUAUGAGUCCGUUGAGUUGGUCUUUCACUCAACAGGAUAUGAGUCCGACCCAUUCAAUAUGAGUAAUUUGAGUUAGUCUUUCACUCAACCGGAUACGAGUCCGACCCAUUUCAACUGAGUCCUUUGAGUUAGUCUUUCACCCAGCCGGAUACGAGUCAGACCUAUUUCAUCUGAAUCCUUUGAGUUAGUCUUUCACUCAACCGGAUACAAAUCCGACCCAUGAAUUCGCUCAGUCUAUGGAUCUGGAUCUGUGUACAGCUCUGUCUACAGGAAGUUCUUAUUCAACCACGCAGCUGGCAGCUCCGGGUCCGUAUGCUUAAUCUAAGUUACUAUGCAGAUGAAAAACGGAUGUGUUAAUGUUGUUAUAGACCUACAGUUUGAUGACAUUCGUGCAUUGUUUUAAUAAUGUCGUCCGUAGCAGCCAGAACCGAAAGAUUCGGGUUAAUUGAGACCACGGACUCGUGACUCAUGGGUGAAUGUAAGGAUUCGGAUCUUUGAAUCCGAUUGACUCAGAUUCAACCACCACUACUGCCAACUUGUUGCAGACAUGAGACGUGCUGAUACCUGCUCUCGGUCUAAACGUCCAGCGAACACGCUGAGCUCGGCAAGGAAUACCCCUGCCGCCGGAGACGAAUCGGUUGAGGAGGAAGCGGCGGGAACGUCUUCCACCGCUAGGACCACAGUCGCUCCUAAUGCCCAACUGGCUUCAACGAGACUGCGCCAUGAGCUGCAGAUGGCCAGGCAGAAGUCGGACUGGCAGCAGGAGCUGGUUAAAGACUUGACCAAAGAAAGGGACUUCCUGCUGGAACAACUGGCUAUGACAGCAAGAAAAAAGGACAAGGGCAGUCCACCCCAGGCGAAGAAGUGCCAGUCGCAGGGAGCCGACUCAACCGUCUCGUCCAAGUCGGGGCCUGAUUCUUCCCACUCUUCUUCCGACUCUUCCUCCGACUCUUCCUCCUCGGAUGAGGGACGGAAGAAGAAGAAGAAGAAGAAGAAGAACAGCAGGGGAAAAGGACGGAAGCAGGGGAAAAGGGCAAAGAACCGGAAGGGGCAAGGUGUUUACCAGCGAGCUAAAGAUCCUGAAGAGGUGGUGGCCCGGUACCGCAAGGUGCUGAAAAUCUGCAGGAAGGGAAGAACCAUGGGGGCAGCCUUCAAAGCUGUGGGGGUCGACCGCAACACCAUUGUUGUAAAUGCCCCCAUGGCAGAGCUGUGCAUUGCUGCCCCAGAGGCGUAUGCAGAGCUAAAAGAGAGCGCCCCCAAAAAGGAGAAGCUCUCCAGUUUUGCACAGAGGUGCAAGGAUGCCAUAGACGUGGACGAAAACAUUGUUACCCAAAUCAAAGAAUAUAAAGACUCUGGCAAACUUUUGCCAAUUACUAAAAAAAACUAGCUGAUCCCCUUAUUUAAAGUUACGUUGUUGUUGUUGCUGUUGUGUUAGAUAUUAGAUUAUUAGAAUGCAUGUUUAAAGUGAAUUUA